AUGUCAGAUUCCAAGUACAUCACGCUCGUCUCGAGCGAGGGCUUCGAGUUUGUCGUGCUCCGCGAGGCGGCCCUCGUUAGCCCGACCAUUAAGGGCAUGUUGCGGAGUCAGUUUAGUGAGGCACAGACCGGCCGCUGCACCUUUCCCGAAAUCAGCGCCGUUGUCCUCGAAAAGGUGGUCGAGUACUUCCACUACUGGUACCGCAACCGGGACAAGGAAGACGUGCCCGACAUGGACAUUCCCGUCGAGCUGUGCCUGGAGCUGCUGAUGGCGGCCGACUACUUCAACCUGGACGCCAAACCCGCUAUGAGGGACGCGGUGUGA